UACUAGAUGUAAACAAAUUCACGUUUUACUUCUAUGAUUUAUUUUAAUGUAAAAGAAAAUCGUAUAUAUAGCUAGAUGGGGAAGAAAAUUCCUAAAAGCAGACGGCAUAAAAAAUUGAAGUUUGUUGAUCCUUGCUACAGCGGCCCACCUCCACGCAGAAGAAGAAAAAAUAUUUUGCCUAAUGAACCACCAUUGGAAGAUGAUUAUCAGGAAGUUCCUCGACAAAUGGAAGAAUUGAUACAGCUGAAAGAAAAAGCAAAAUCAAACAAAUUUAAAAGAAAGAAAAAGAAGAAAGUAUUGAAAGAUGAAUUUAUAAUAGUGAAAAAAGAUGUUAUUGAAGACAAUGAGCCAGGAAUGACAAUGGGAAUAAAAAAAAUGCCUAAUGUUAUAAAACAAAGAGCUUCUGAAAAUGAAAAUCAGUUUUUUAAUAGGCUACAAAAAAUGACUAAUCAAGCAAUUGCUGAAGCCAAGGUAGAAGAGAAAUAUAACAUAAAGUUAGUUAAUAUUGAUGAAAAAGGAAAUGCAGAGUAUGUUUCAGGAGAAAAAGAAGUGAGUGAAUCAAAAAAACGGAAACGUGAGAAAUACAAGGAAAUAGUUAAAGAAAAGAAAAAAAUGAGGGCUAAAGAUGAAGAAUUUGAUCUUAAAAAAGAGUGUAUACAGUUUGGAGAAGUUGCAACAGCUCCUCCAUUACUGACUGCAAAACCCAGAAAAGCACCUGAAGGGGUUAAGCCUGGUAAAAGAAAGUUAGCAUUAGACCAGCUUCUGAAACAUGAUGAACCUGCUGAGCCAAAAUCUGUAACAAUUAAAUGGAAAAAUAUGUCACCUGUACGACGUAAAGUUAUAGAAAAUGAGAGACUUAGAGCUAUUCAGAUGUAUCGUUUGUUAAAAAAUAAAAAAAGUGGUGCUUAGCAUUUGCAUGCUA